UUUGAGGAUGAAUGUAAAUACAUAUUAUGAUCUGAUGAGUCGUGUAGUACUGCUGCUUUUGCUUCUUGGAAUAAGUUCUGGUCAAAAAGUCAAACCAAACAUUGUAAUCACUAUUGGCAGUGGCGUCGGAUGGGGAGACAUUGGUGUAAAUAACCCUUUCAACACCCUUACCCCAAAGAUAAACAAGCUCGCUUCCACUGGAAUAAGUUAUUUGGACUACCAUAUCGGUGGAAAUACUGCUAGCCCUAGCGUGGCAGCACUUCCCACGGGAAGACAUGGACAGAGGAAUGGUGUCCGGAAAGAUUUCACUCCUCUCAGUGUAGGUGGUUUACCAAGUGAUGAAAGAACUCUUGCUGAUUAUCUGAAGAGUGAUGGAUAUGCUACAGGAUUUAUUGGUGUGUGGGAUAUGGGACACCAACCUCAGUUUUUACCCCUGUCCAGAGGGUUUGAUUUCUUUUAUGGCACACCAUAUGAUCCAAGCCAUGGCUGUGUGCAUUUGAACGAAUUAUAUGUCCCUUCUAAUUGCAAUUUCAACUUGACAUGUUCAUCUGAAAAAAUUGGUGUUCCACUUAUGGAAGGAAAUAAGAUUUUGGAACAACCUUUGAACAUGGGAAACAUGUCAGACGUAAUGUUUUACGCCAAAGCAAAGAAAUUUGUCCACCAAGCCCGCAAACAAAAGAAGCCUUUUUUACUGAUAAUAUCCCUAAUUACAAUAAAACUACCAGUUUUCAGUGUGAACGAAAAUAUUCCUAAGAAAGAUUAUCUUUUAACCCAACUUGAUGAAUCUGUGGCUAUGUCUCAAGAACUGCUCCGUUCCUAUGGCAUACAUCACGACACCAUAUCCAUCUUCACAUCUAAAACAGGUCCCAGAGAUGCAAACUGUGAUUUUUCUGGUGAUGUUGGUCCCUAUGCUGGUUACUGGCAACGAUUAUCAAGUUCUCAUGGUGCACCUACAUUGGGAUCAAAUUGGGAGGGUGCAACAAGAGUUCCAUUUGUUAUCAGCUGGCCUCAUGGGAUAUCCUCAGUUUACAGAAACACUAGGUUAACAAGUGCAGUAGACUUGGUACCAACACUGGCUGAAGUCAUUGGCUUCAACUUGCUUGCUGAUAGAACCUUUGAUGGCAUAUCCAUGGCCCAGGAUUGGAGAAGGGAAAAGUCCGAUGAUAACACACAACGGAUUCUUUGUUUUCUAGAAUCUGAUACUGAUCAAGUCAUGGUUUUCAGGAAAGACCAGUUAAAAGUUUACUUCAGAACGUCUGGUGCCAGAGAGUGUAACAGCACCCACGAUCCUACCAAGGCCGAUAUCCAGCAUCUGUACCCCCUUGUUUUUGAUCUGACAUGGGAUCAGGGAGAAUUGCACAACAUGACAUAUGACAGCACUUUUGCAGCUUCACUUCUUCAAUACAAGAGAGAAGGAGAUGCUAUGUUUUCACAAGAUCCAGGAUUGAAAUCUGUAGCUGAUUAUUCUGAAUCCGAGUCCGCUGUUAUUUGCUGUAAUGCACGAUGUGAGUGCAGUUCUUAUGCUUCACUUGCAGAUCUUCGGUUCCUUAUGUUUAAUAAACUGGAAUCCGACAAUAAUGAUUGGAUUGAUGCUGAUGAUGUUGAUGAAGAUGUUAAUAGCGCAGUCGUUCCUAUUUAUGGACUUGUCUUUAUUUGUUUGGGGGUCAUGUGUUUGGUUGUUUUUGUGAUGUAUAAAUCGUAUCUUGCCUUUUUUACCAAUAAAUCUAGUUAUGAGCCCAUAGAGGACAAAUCAGAAAUGUGGAGAAAGAUUAUCAGUAAAUGAACUUGAAAAUUGCAAAUAAAGUUUUGAAAUCAGGAUUGGUACUGCUAUGCAGGAUUGCAGGAUGUUGAUUUAUUAUGUUACAUGAUAAGUGAUAACACAGUCGCUCGGAAAUUAUUCCGUAGUCGCUGUCUUCUAACUUGCAAAGUUAGACAAGUAGAUCUUGAUUUUAUUGUUAAAAUCAAAUCUAAUUUAAAAAUUAAUAAACGUUUUAUACUAUUUUAAGGUUUUCAUGUUUCAUAUGAUGUAUUAUUUUUAGCAUGAACUAUCAGUUAUUUAUAGACGAUCAAUUAUAGAUUUUUAAUUUAAUUUUAGCAAUUACAGAAAUUAUUUUUUAUUUCAAAGAUUCUAAAAUGCAAGUAAGUAGCUGAAGUGGAUCGUUAGUAAAUCAUUAAAUAAAAAUAAGAUAAUCGUAUCGAUAUAUUGCAUUAAUAAAACAAAUCAGGAAUCCAGUUGUAAGUUCAUUGAAGACAAAUCAGAAAUGUGAAAAAUGAUUACCAGUAGCUAUUGAUUUUAUUGCUAUAAUCACAUUUAAUUCAAAAAUUAAUAAAUGUUUUAUACUAUUUAAAGGUUUUUAUUUUUAUAUGAUGUAUUAUUUUUAGCAUGAACUAUUAGUUAUUCAUAGACGAUCAAUUAUAGAUUUUAAUUAAAUUUUAACAAUGAUAGAAAUUAUUUUUAUAAAGGUUUUAUAAAGUAGGUCGUUAGUAAAUUAUUACAUAAAAAUAUUGCUAUAUUAU